ACUCAGCCUAAAGCCUACGGCCUACGGCGCUACGCAACGCAAGUACCGCGCACGAUGAGUCUCGCCGUUGUUUACCGGCUUUUCCGUUUGCCAAGAAACUCCAUAAUACCGGCUCGAUACACGAUACAAACGAAAGAAUACGCUGGACCAGCGAUCCGACCGGGAGUGAAGAAAUCAAAGAAGACAUUGGUUGCGAUAGAAAAAAAAGUAUUACCCGUUGAAACGGAUGUUAACCGGCUCUUGACUCAUGUGUGCGGUACAAAUAUCUACAAAGAGGGAGGAGAAGAUGUCGAGUUAAAGUCAGAUUCCGAAUAUCCUAGUUGGCUGUGGAACAUCAGAACUGGCCCCCCACCACCUUUGGAAGAAUUGGAUCCAAAUACAAAACAGUAUUGGAGAAGGUUGCGAUUACUUGGAUUAAGGAGAAACAAUAAGGAACGUACAACUAGAAAGUUUUAACUAAUUUCGUAAAAGUAGUGCUGUUUAACACAUAAUCUUAGAAGAGCGCCGAAAAUUUUUACUUGUUCAUGAAAAAUGUAAAAAUGUAAAUCGACAUAAGAGCUGAUAAAAAUGACAA